GGCGCAGCGUCGCCGUCGUCGUCCCCGCCUCUUCCCAGGGGCAGCGUCGGAGCCUCGGAGGCGGCGGCGCUGACGGCCUGAGGAGAGCGUCUCGCUCGGGAGCGGCGGCGGCCAUCGAGACCCACCCAAAGGCGCGACCCCACCCCGGCCUCCCAGCGCUCCCAGGCCUCAGCGGCCGCGCGCCUUCGACUAGCUCGCUCUCUCGCUCUCCUUCCCGGCUGCCCGCUGCGCCAUGGCGUUGGCGUUGGCGGCGCUGGCGGCGGUCGAGCCGGCCUGCGGCAGCAGGUACCAGCAGUUGCAGAAUGAAGAAGAGUCUGGAGAACCUGAACAGGCUGCAGGUGAUGCUCCACCACCUUACAGCAGCAUUUCUGCAGAAAGCGCAGCAUAUUUUGACUACAAGGAUGAGUCUGGGUUUCCAAAGCCCCCAUCUUACAAUGUGGCUACAACACUGCCCAGUUACGAUGAAGCGGAGAGGACCAAGGCUGAAGCUACUAUCCCUUUGGUUCCUGGAAGAGAUGAGGAUUUUGUGGGUCGGGAUGAUUUUGAUGAUGCUGAUCAGCUGAGGAUAGGAAACGAUGGGAUUUUCAUGUUAACUUUUUUCAUGGCAUUCCUCUUUAACUGGAUUGGGUUUUUCCUGUCUUUUUGCCUGACUACUUCAGCUGCAGGAAGGUAUGGGGCCAUUUCAGGAUUUGGUCUCUCUCUAAUUAAAUGGAUCCUGAUUGUCAGGUUUUCCACCUAUUUCCCUGGAUAUUUUGAUGGUCAGUACUGGCUCUGGUGGGUGUUCCUGGUUUUAGGCUUUCUCCUGUUUCUCAGAGGAUUUAUCAAUUAUGCAAAAGUUCGGAAGAUGCCAGAAACUUUAUCAAAUCUCCCCAGGACCAGAGUUCUCUUUAUUUAUUAAAGAUGUUUUCUGGCAAAGGCCUUCCUGCAUUUAUGAAUUCUCUCUCAAGAAGCAAGAGAGCACCUGCAGGAAGUGAAUCAAGAUGCAGAACAGAGGAAGAAUCACCUGCUUUAAAAAAAAUAAAGUACUGUUGAAAAGAUCAUUUCUCUCUAUUUGUUCCUAGGUGUAAAAUUUUAAUAGUUAAUGCAGAUUCUGUAAUCAUUGAAUCAUUAGUGGUUAAUGUUUGAAAAAGCUCUUGCAAUCAAGUCUGUGAUGUAUUAAUAAUGCCUUAUAUAUUGUUUGUAGUCAUUUUAAGUAGCAUGAGCCAUGUCCCUGUAGUCAGUAGGGGGCAGUCUUGCUUUAUUCAUCCUCCAUCUCAAAAUGAACUUGGAAUUAAAUAUUUUAUUGUAAGAUAUGUAUAAUGCUGGCCAUUUCAAAGGGAUUUUCUCAAAAGUUAAACUUUUGUUUUGACUGCGUUUCUGCACAUAAUGCAUAUUUGCUGUUCCAGUUAAUCUGGAAAUUUAUUCCAUUGUACUGUGUGAACACCUGGAAGCAAAAUCAUAGUGCAAAAAUACAUUUAAGGUGUGGUCAAAAUAUGUCUUUAAUUGGUAAAUAAUAAGCAUUAAUUUUUUAUAGUCUGUAUCCACAAUUUUGCAGUACCUUAUUGUACCUGAGGGAUUCUAAAGGUGUUGUCACUAUAUAAAAUAGAAAGGACUAGGAUAUAAAUGAAGCUUAGUUACUAAAAUGUAAUUCUUGGCACUCUUUCUAUAAUUAGAGUCCCCCACCCCCACCCCCCUUUUUUUUUCCUUUUGUCUCCUGAUGAUUAGUCCAAAGGCUGGGAGUAAGGAGAGGAUUAGGUACUUAGGAGCAAAGAAAGAAUUAGCUUGGAACUUUUGAGAUGAUCCCUAACAAACUGUACUACUUGCUUUUACAAUGUGUUAGCAGAAACCAGUGGGUUAUAAUGUAGAAUGAUGUGCUUUCUGCCCAAGUGGUAAUUCACCUUGGUUUGCUAUGUUAAAACUGUAAAUACAACAGAACAUUAAUAAAUAUCUCUUGUGUAGCACCUUUUA